AUGGCAGCUCAGCAGGCCGCUGAGCAAGCCGCGGCAGCCGCAAGGGAAAAGGCCCAGAAGGAAAAGGAGGCAAUGGAUGAGGCCAAACGUGCCGCCGACGAAGCUCGCUUACGGGCAGAAGCCGCUGCUCGUGCCUCCAGCGAAGAAGCAAAACGUAAAGCAGCGGAAGCAGAGGAGGAGCGUAAGCGAACUGCCGCUCUCCAAGAACAAGCCAAACGAGACGCCCAGGCUGCCCAAGAGCAGGCCAAGAAACUACGGGAGGCCGCCGAUGAGGAAAGGAGGAAGGCGGCUGCCGCCCAGGAGUCAGCCAACGCGGCGAAGAAAGAGGCAGAAGAGCAAGUAAAGACAGCCAAUGCUGCCAAGGAGGAGGCUGAACGCAAGUUGAAAGAAGGCAUUCAACCUGUGGUGACUCCCACACCUGAAGAAGUUAGCGCCGCCAAGCAGAAAGUUCAAUAUCGCGAGCACCUUUUCCACCUCGCAGUAGCCGGGGUGGCAGGAGCAGGGAAAUCAUCUCUCAUCAAUGCCUUCUGCGGUUUGCGUAAUAAGACCACGGGAGCUGCUGCCACUGGUGUCGCUGAGACAACGCUAGCAAUGGCUAGAUUCCCUCACCCCAAUGCGGAAUACCCUCUUGUCUUGUACGAUAUCCCAGGCGCAGGCACGCUCAAAAUUCCAGACUGGCAGUACUUCAAUGACCAAGGACUUUACGUCUUCGACGGCAUCAUCGUUCUGUUCGACAAUCGCUUCACCAUGACCGACAUCGCCAUCCUCACCAACUGCAGGCGUUUCAAGAUCCCCACCUAUAUCGUGCGUUCCAAGGCAGAUCAGCACAUCCUUAACAUCAUGAAUGAUAUGGGGUACGACAGCGAUGACGAUGAUAGCGGGAAAAAGAAGAAGAAGCUUUACCAGACUGCACGGCAGGAGUUCAUUGAGCAGACGCGCCAGAGCGUGAAAGACAACCUCGAGAAUGCCGAUAUGCCUGACCAAAGGGUUUAUAUUGUUUCGAAUAAGACGAUGAUCGAUGUCAUGUCGAACACAACGAUAUUCGGUCUCCUGGGGAGAAAGCAGGCAAAGGCCAUUGACGAGACGGAGUUGUUAAACGACUUGAUCCGAGAAGCCCAGGCCAGGCGAGGAAGCCGUGAUGCUGAAGAUCAAGUAAUGGCGGCUAAUGCUGCCAAGGAAGAGGCCGAACGCAAGUUGAAAGAAGGCAUUCAACCUGUGGUAACUCCCUCACCUGAAGAAGUUAGCGUCGCCAAGCGGAACAUUCAAUAUUGUGAAGGUCUUUUCCACUUUGCAGUAGCCGGGGUGGCAGGAGUGGGAAAAUCAUCUCUCAUCAAUGCCUUUUGCGGUUUGCGCAAUAAUGAUGUCAGAGCUGCUGCCACUGGCGUCACCGAGACAACGCUAGCCAUGGCUAGAAUUCCUCACCCCGAUGCGGAAUACCCUCUUGUCUGGUAUGAUAUCCCGGGCGCAGGCACGCUCAAAAUCUCAGACUGGUGGUACUUCAACACCCAAGGACUCUACAUCUUCGAUGGCAUCAUCAUCCUAUUCGACAAUCGCUUCACCAUGACCGACAUCGCCAUCCUCACUAACUGCAGGCGUUUCAAUAUCCCCACAUAUAUCGUGCGUUCUAAGGCAGAUCAGCACAUUUCUAAUAUCAUGGACGAUAUGGAGGAUGUCAGCGAUCAUGAUGAGAGCGAGAACAAGAAGAAGAAGCUUUACCAGGUUGCGCGGCAGCGGUUCAUUCAACAGACCCGCCAGAGCGUGAAAGACAACCUGGAGAAUGCAAACAUUCCAGACCAAAAGGUCUACAUCGUUUCGAAUAAAACAAUGAUCGAUGUUGUGAAGACAAAGCAGGCAGUGCGGGUCAUCGAUGAGAUUGAGUUGUUGAACGACUUGAUCCAGGAAACCCAGACCAGGCGAGGACACCAUCAUGAUGAUGUCGAAGUGGUGACUAUUACGAAUGACAAGUGGACGGUGCCAAUGAUAGAGUUGUUACUUUUCUAUCUCUUUCUUCGGGUAAUCACCAGUGCUGCCAUUUCUCUGUUCUCCACAUGA